CGUUUUUCAUUAUACAAACCUUUGAACCAACGCCUGAUCGGUCCAGUUACUGUUUAUCACUGUUUAUAUAAGAACAUGUCGAAGGACAGGCAUACUAUUGUGAAUAAACACAUUUGUGAAAAUUCAAGCCAUAGUUACAGCUUGACUCAAUGCAAUGGUACAGAGAAAAACAAUGUUGCAGCACAAAAUGAAGCCCCGUCAAUGCCAAAACGCCGACAAGAAGUGUUAAAAUGGAAUGGUUGGGGAUACAAAGAUUCAAAGUUCAAGGUCAACAAGGAUGGACAAGUAGAGUUCACAGGAGAAAGAUACAAACUUAGUGGACAGACCAUGCCUAUGUUAAAAGAAUGGAUGAUGGCUACAGUUGGAAUAAGUCUAGAUCAUAAAACACCUGCACAGCCUGAAUUAACUGCUAAAGAUAUACAGGCACCUAUCAAACGUGAAGAUUUUAUGUCAGACCUGAGACGUACAGGAAUAAGUAAUACAGACGACUGCCAAGACAGACUUUUCCGAGCUCACGGUCAUACCUUACAUGAAGUGUUUCUUUUGCGAGAAGGGAAAUUUAAGAGAAUUCCAGAUCUUGUGGUGUGGCCAACCAGUCAUAACGAAGUUGUAAAGAUUGUUGAACUUUGUUGUAAACAUAAUGUUGUGUUGAUACCUUUUGGAGGUGGAACAAGUGUAUCGUCUGCUUUAGAAUGUCCAUCAGAAGAGAAAAGAAUGAUUGUCUCCCUUGACACAUCACAAAUGAACAAAAUACUGUGGGUUGAUGAAAAGAAUUUAACAGCAUGUUGUGAAGCUGGCAUAAUAGGUCAAGAUCUAGAACGACGGUUAUCUGAAAAAGGAUUUUGUACAGGGCAUGAACCAGAUUCUAUGGAGUUCAGUUCACUAGGUGGAUGGGUAGCUACCAGAGCAUCAGGCAUGAAAAAGAAUAUCUAUGGCAAUAUAGAAGAUCUAGUAGUCCAUAUUAAGUUUGUAACACCUAAGGGUGUAAUGGAAAAGAGUUGUCAAGUCCCCAGAAUGUCAUCUGGGUUGGAUAUCCAUCAUUUCAUAAUGGGUUCAGAAGGUACCUUAGGUGUAGUUACGGAAGUAACAUUAAAGAUCCGACCUAUACCUACAUGUAGAAAGUAUGGUUCUAUUGUGUUUCCACAGUUUGAGAAUGGAGUUAAUUGUAUGAGAGAAGUAGCCAGACAGAGGUGUGCUCCAGCAUCCAUUAGAUUAAUGGACAAUCAACAGUUCCAAUUUGGUAGUGCUUUAAAACCAGAGAGUAAAUCACUCCUUCAAAGUUUUAUUGAGGGAAUCAAAAAGUUUUAUGUUACAAAACUUAAAGGAUUUGAUCCACAUAAGUUAGCAGUGGCUACUUUAUUGUUUGAAGGUACAAAUGAGGAAGUUGCUGCACAAGAAAAAAGAGUAUAUGAAAUUGCUGCACAAUUUGGAGGUUUGCCUGCUGGUGCUGAGAAUGGAGAGAGAGGCUAUAUGUUAACAUUUGUAAUUGCAUAUCUUAGGGAUUUAGGAUUUGAAUAUUAUAUUGUAGCUGAAUCUUUUGAGACAUCUGUACCAUGGGACAGAUGCUUGGACCUGUGCAAUAAUGUAAAGGAUAGACUUUAUAGAGAAUGUAAAGAACAUGGUAUUCAAUUUCCACCAUAUAUCACUUGUAGGGUUACACAGACAUAUGAUGCAGGUGCUUGUGUUUAUUUUUAUUUUGGCUUUAAUUAUAGAGGCAUUUCUAAUCCAGUUCAAGUAUAUGAGGCAAUAGAGAAUUUAGCGAGAGAAGAGAUCUUAGCAAAUGGAGGAAGUGUUUCACAUCACCAUGGAAUUGGAAAGAUCAGAAAACAGUUCUUAAAACAGACAGUUGGUGAUAUUGGAGUAGGAACAAUGAAAGCCAUAAAGAACUACAUUGACCCUGAUAACAUAUUUGGAAAUGAUAAUUUAAUGAUUGGAGACCUUUCUUCUAAACUGUAGACGCUGGGCUAUUUAAUUUGUAAACUAUCUGUGAUAUCACUCUUCAUAUUUCUAUUUUUUUACAUGUCGAACAUGAUAUCAUGCCAUUCUUAAUCGCUUAUGCUAGAUAAAAGCAAAUUUCACAAAUUAUUUUUGUUCCAUGAUGUAAAAUAUUUUGAAAUACACCAACAAAUGUAACAUAUGUGUAAAAGUUUGUAGACAUGUUAAUUUUCAUAGCUGCAAUUUACAAAAUUAUGUGUCUUUUAUUAUCAGCAUAUUUUUUGUUGGUUGCGAGAAAGUCGCAAAAAAUAGUACACAUCAGUGGGACCCUUUUAUAAGAAGGUAACAUCAGGAACCUCAUACAUCUUUAAUCCCUUCAGAAAGAACUAUUACAACUUGAGAAUCUGAUAACAGCAUUAGACUUGAACAAACUUGCAGCAUUCAUAAUAAAUAAACAAGAUUUACAAAUAAUUUUUAUUGAUUGGUAUUGCACUAAAUGGUAAUAUAAUAAUACAGUAUAAUUAAUAUUUAUAUCAUGUACUUCAUAAUUAUGUAGAUCUAGAAAAUUAAUAAAAAUUAAUUCAAA